AUGUUGGGAGAUUGCGCUUUUAGCGCCCUCUACUUGGCUACAGGUGGCUUUUUCUGCAAGGGCUGGUGCGAGGAAUGGGUAGUGCUCUACGAAGACUCCACCCUAGCCUGGUUCGCAGACAAGAGCCUCAGUCGUCCCAGAGGAUUUGUACGGAUCAGUGAAGCACCGGAAUUGUUAGCGGUCGGCGAGUACACUAGACAAGUACCCAGGAAACCUAGGUUCCCCAGGGCUUGUCACAUAGGACAACUGCUGGCGGUUGGAUGCAACACGAUGCACGAUGUCUGUUGGCUGAUGGGACAGUCACCUGCAGAAAUUAAUGAUUGGAUGACAGCUAUAAGUAAUACGCUACCUCCACCUCCACAUUUACCUUUGGAGGAUAAGCGUAUAAAGUACACGCACCACAAUGGGAUGGCUAAUGGGCAUGUAAAACCGAUUGCUAAUGGAUAUGCUAACGGAUGUGCUACUAUAAUACCCAACGGAAAAUGUGUUUCUGCAACGCCUAACGUCAGUAACUCAACUUUACACUCUUCGAAAAGUUGCAGUUACAGCAGCUGCGCCGACCAGAAGAACUAUCGACUACAGGAGACAUCUAGGAAAAAGAAAUACGAUAAUGAUCAUACUGUACUAGCAGGUGUGUGCGUGGACUGGGGCCACGGCUGGGGCUGGGCCAGCCAAGCCCCCGCUACUGUAGCCCCCCAAAUCUCCUUCGCAGCGGACACAGCAAUCAGUUCGGCGCUUUACUGUCCCUCCGCAGAGGACUACACCAUUUCCGGCUACGAAGACGUCGACUGGAGCGCCUUUGGAGACUUUUGCUUCUAA